GUUACAUCAAAAUAACCCAACUGAAUGUAGAAGUGUUUUUCUCCUUGUGGGUCGUUCAUAUGCUUCUCUACCGUCCGCCUGGGUGCCAAGUGGAAAAGGGUGGUCCCCAGUGGCGGUCCCCAUCCCUUCUCCUUCAGUGUCCUCCUCUGGAGAAGGAUCCCUCCGGGAGAAUCGCCGCGACCCCGUCGAAGUCGUGUGGUCUUGGGUGGAGGAGCCCAAGAAGAGACUGUGUUCCCCGAUAUUGCUUGGAGGGGAGCAUCGGGCUGCACCCAAAAUCCCUUACCCCCGAGGUAGGAGUUGUAGGGAACGGGGUGGCCGUUCUUGAGGAGGAGACGAAAGGUUUCCUCAAGGGCAGGAGUGAAAUGAGGAAAAGUGUAGGAAGGGAAUUUGUCUUCUUUUUUCCUCCACAUGUUUGGAAAGGGAAGAUCUUCUGGAGCCAUCACCACGAAGAAGCGGCGAAACCAAUUGUCUAUCUUGUCAAUUGGACUCUUCAGGAAUUGCAUAUCCAUCCGGGCGUGAAGCUCAUGAAGCCCCUGCCUGCCUCACGGUUGUGGGGGUGGAAGAGAGAGAAAGAGAUCCAAGCUAGGCUCGAUGCCCUUCUUAUGGCAUCGGGCGACGAAGCAAUAAAUGGACUCAUGGGAGUUAUAGGAAAUUUGACCGGGGGGAUGAAGAACCGGUUGCAAAUUCCCACCAAUAAGGGAUGGAUGGGAAAACGCCAUCCCAUCUUGAUCGAAUCAUAGUGAACGUUCAAACGGAAGGGAGUGUUGAAGUGCGACUCCAAAGUAGUUCCCUUAGCUUUCCAAACUUCGUAGCCGAGGGGAAUCAUUGCCCUCAUCUCCUUCAAUUGUGCAUCAGUGAUGGAGGAGACACUUUCGUCCUCCUUGGAUUUCUUGCCAUCAUUGAAAAAUUUGGAGGCCUUGGAUAUGGCUUUCUUCAUUUUUGGAGAUAAAAAUGAGAGAGAAGAAAAAAGGCUGAGAUAGGCCGGGAAUAUGAAAGUAAAUACCGUGGAUUGCU